GUAGUGUGGAACGCGGAUAGGUGUUUGUUUGUGAUGCGGCUAUAUGCGAGGCUUUGUUGCCUGCGGCUCGCAACGAUGAGUCAUCUACGCGCCUCUCGGACGCGCUUUUUUGUUUUCUCUCUCCUCUCCCCGUUGUGUAAAAAAGUUUCGACUGAUGCACGGAUCGGCGUAUUUUUCAAGAUCAAAAAUGAAGAAUAUGGGAAGUACUUGAUUGAUGCUUUUAAUUGAACAAAAAUGAAUACCGAGCAACAUGCUCUGCCAGCGACUACGCAGGCACAACAAGAGGAAGUAAGUGCAGGUCAGAGUGGUCGUUCCUCAUAUCAAGGUGGUCUGGCAACUCCAACAAGUCUUGGCAAUGUAGGAAGUAAUCCGCAAUCAUCCGCUGACCUGCGUGUAGGUACAGCUGUAGCGUUAGCGUCCUCAGUAGCUAAAUACUGGGUCCUCACCAAUCUCUUUCCAGGACCGAUACCUCAGGUAUCGGUCUACCACCACCCUCACCACAGAGUUGGUGCAGCAGGUGGUGAAGUCCAGACCACCAAAGACUCAGCAAUUUUGUUGAACCAGGAUAUGACACUUACCUCUAGUAUCCAUCAUCAAACGUCAACUGCACAACACCACCAGACAACAGUCAGUAGGAGUAGCCAUCAAGGCUCCCUACAGACAACCAUGCAGAUUCCUGUCUCUCUACCAGGACUCAACCUUGAUGGCAGCCACCUCCAAGCAAGUGUAAGCCAUUUGCAAGCAGCUCAUGCACAGAUGCAACAGCAGUUACAAUCCCAACAACAACAACAGCAAGCUCAAUUACAUCAGCAGCAGCAGCAGCAGCAACAACAACAAGUCCAGUCUCAUCAUCAAAUACAGAGUCAUCAGAAUCCUCAAAAUGCGGGACAAACUAAUCAGAACUCAUCAAGAGAUGAUAAAAUUAAAGACGAAUCGUCCGAGUGUUGCAACGACAACCAGGUACAAUCCCACGCACAGCACCAGCAGGCACAGGAAUUACAACAGACUCUAAUGCAUCAGCAGCAACAUCAACAGCAGAUCGGUGUCGGCAUCGGCGCUGCUACGAACACUGAUACUGCCAAUCCUGGUGGAGUGGAUAAAUCGGAGAAGAAGGAAGAGAUACGCCAUUUAAAUAUGACUCAGUUCCAAGUUCCCGAUAUAAAGACAGGUGGACACAUGAUGGACGUCCGAACAGCAGAUGGAUCGAUUGUUAAAAUCAGCGCCACGAGUGAUCAAGAUCUUGCUAAAACAUUGGGUGUUGAUAUAUCACAGUAUAUAAAUAAGGGCGCCGUUAACGUCGAGGAACUAAACCAGAUAAAUCAACUACUGGCGUAUCACGAAGUAUUCGGCAAGCUUCAAAGUGAGAUUGCGGCAGGCACGACUCUGAUUGGCAGUACGGUGCCGACGCAAACAGUGACUACUAUACAGAAUGGUACACCGAUUGUCCAACAGGUACAGCUUAAUAAAUUCGACGUAAAAACGAGCGAUGGUGAAGCAACACCUGGACCCAGUGGGUCGCCGGCGUCUGUUGGCAGCCACGCCUGUGAGGUUUGUGGCAAGAUCUUCCAAUUUCGAUACCAGUUGAUCGUCCAUCGUAGAUACCAUACGGAGAGAAAACCCUUCACUUGCCAGGUUUGCGGUAAGGCAUUUGCUACAGCGACCGAUUUGACUCGUCACGGAAAGUGUCAUUUGGGUGGUUCCAUGUUCACUUGCGCGGUCUGCUUUCAUGUGUUCGCUAAUGCCCCAUCACUAGAACGACACAUGAAACGACAUGCUACGGACAAACCAUACAAUUGCACAGUAUGCGGCAAAAGCUUUGCCAGGAAAGAACACCUCGAUAACCAUACCAGGUGUCACACAGGAGAGACUCCAUACAGGUGUCAGUACUGUGCAAAGACUUUUACACGCAAGGAGCACAUGGUGAACCAUGUUCGCAAGCAUACCGGGGAGACACCGCAUAGGUGCGACAUUUGCAAAAAGUCUUUCACGCGUAAAGAGCACUUCAUGAAUCACGUGAUGUGGCACACAGGCGAGACACCUCAUCAUUGUCAGGUCUGCGGAAAGAAGUACACCCGCAAAGAGCAUCUGGCUAAUCAUAUGCGCUCGCACACCAACGAUACUCCUUUUCGUUGUGAGAUUUGCGGCAAGUCAUUUACUCGCAAGGAGCACUUCACGAAUCACAUAAUGUGGCACACGGGCGAGACACCGCACCGUUGCGAUUUCUGCUCUAAGACGUUCACCAGAAAGGAGCACCUGCUCAAUCACGUCCGGCAGCACACGGGUGAGUCACCACACCGAUGCGGCUUCUGCUCCAAAUCGUUCACCAGAAAGGAACACCUUGUUAACCACAUCCGCCAACACACAGGAGAGACGCCGUUCCGCUGCCAGUACUGUCCGAAAGCGUUCACGCGCAAGGACCACCUAGUGAACCACGUCAGGCAGCACACGGGUGAGUCACCGCACAAGUGCCAGUAUUGCACGAAAUCCUUCACGAGGAAGGAACAUUUGACAAAUCACGUGCGUCAACACACAGGCGAGUCGCCGCACCGCUGCCACUUCUGCUCAAAGUCUUUCACCCGCAAGGAGCAUCUGACGAAUCAUGUCCGUAUCCACACCGGCGAAUCGCCGCACAGGUGUGAAUUUUGUCAGCGGACAUUCACCAGAAAGGAACAUUUAAACAAUCAUCUUAGGCAGCACACCGGCGACUCGUCGCACUGCUGUAACGUCUGCAACAAACCAUUCACGCGCAAGGAACACCUGAUAAAUCACAUGCGCUGCCACACGGGCGAGCGUCCGUUUGUCUGUACGGAAUGUGGCAAAAGUUUCCCGUUAAAAGGCAAUUUACUUUUCCACAUGCGCUCGCACAAUAAGGGCAGUCAGGCGGAACGUCCCUUCCGGUGCGACCUCUGCCCCAAGGACUUUAUGUGCAAGGGUCACCUGGUUUCUCACAGACGUUCCCAUUCAGAUGAACGGCCUCACAGUUGCCCGGACUGCGGCAAGACCUUCGUUGAAAAGGGCAACAUGCUCCGGCAUCUUCGCAAGCAUGCGGCUGAAGGUCCACCUACGCAGGUCAGCAGUGCAGCAUCGGCUCUGACAGUUAGUGCCGCGGCGGCGGCAGCAGCAGCGAGUAGCCCAGCCGCGUUGUCGGUAAUACCAUCGGCAGCGGCUGCGGCGGCAGCUGCAGUACUCGUAGGACAUCCACUGGCUCCUCCACAACAAGCGCCGCCAGCUGGCGUUGGGAUUCCUCAGCACACCGUCGUCGUACCCACACCACCUGGAGUACUCGCUUCGUACUGAGCGGAUAAUGCCAACUCUAAGCUACAACACAUCGGGCUCUUCUACUAACAGGGAGGUUGACUCUAUAUUGUUCGUACUAUGAUUUUUAAAUCAUUGGUUGCGCUUCGUUGAGGUCAGAUGACAAUUUAAUUCUUUCUUUGAUAACUUUUGUUAAAAUUUUAUUAAUGAUUUUACGAUAAAUGAACGUGAUCAGAAUUUGAUUCAACAAUCUUCAUUAUUGGAUUUUUAUUUACGCCUUGAUUAUUUUUGAAAUUCACUAAAUGAGAUGGAACUCUUGAGAAUUUGAAGUUAUAGCUAGCCAAAGUCUGUAGCCUUAUCGUGCUACCAAUGUACGCAUGAAAGUGAGCGCACCUUUUUUGAGUUAAAAAAGGAAGAAAACAAAGAUUCUAAUAAUGACCCUGAUGACCUAGCAUUAACGUCAACAUACGUUCUAUGCUUUCAGUGAUAAAAAGGGUAUGUGCGUCAAUUUUCUUUUCAGCCGAAAAAAAGCGAACAAAGAACAAAUUGUGCACAUGUCGCACAGUAUUCGCAUCGACGUGACAUGUAAUAUAAAAAACGUGAUCUCUCCUGAAACCCAAAGUCAUUUUUAUCAGCAAAGCUCUUUAAAGCAGAUUUGGGCAUGACUAAAAUUUAAAAUUUUGUCAUUAAAGCGAGCAACUAAAGCUCUGUUUUCUAGAACUUGGAAAUUACCGUACUAAUAUUAAUAAUUGAAAAUUUAUAUAUUUUAUUAUGAAAAUCUUUUUAAAAGAGCAUAGAAAAAUUAUUUUCUAAAAUUUAUUUGUAUUUAUUUUAGAUAAACAAAAUUUAUCUAAACUUUUGUUAAUAUAGUCAUUAAAAAUGAUUAGCAUUCAAUCAUGCAUCUGCAUAACUAUUUAUGCAAUUCUGAAUGACCCUGUCCUUCUUCAAAGAACCUUAGUGCAUGAUGAAAGUAUAAAGUUUGAACUUAAUAUUCGAGUUUGAAUAUCAGUGCAUGCAAAAUAAACUCAAAAAAAAAAAAUACAUAAGAAAUAUCGAUUCAAGAAUAAAGAGUCACUGCUUAGAAUACUUUUGCAGUAUAUUAGUACGCAAACUGGUGAAUAUGUAAUUUAAAGUAUGGUUCACGAUCGCAACUAACAAGUCUCUUAGAAUUUCUUA